AUGCGGAGAUGGUUUAGCAGCACUUUGCUUAGGCAUAACCAAGGGAACCAGCCCAAUCUCAAUCCACACAGCUACUUCUACAAGGUUCUUGCGGUGCCUCUUUUGAAAGUCGGUACCGUCAGUCUCGGAACAUUUUACGGGCUUAAGUUUCUCUGGCUCUAUCUCGAAGAUGACGAAAACGACGUGAAGUCUGAGAAGUAG